AUGGCCGGCGGGAUGAAGCGGGAGUGGCUGCGGAAGAAGAUGGCGACGGCGGUGGCCGGGACACCCGCGGGCGCGGGCGGCCAGCAGCAGUCGCCGCGGUGGGCGCUGCGCGUCCGCGCGCUGUCCGCCGCGCUGCGCCGGCGGAGGCACGGGCACGGGCCGCCACCGGCCUCCCGCGCGUCGACUUCCUCCGCCGCCUGUACGAGAGCGUCGUCUUCCUCCUGCUGUGGGUGA